AGAUGAGCAAGGAGGAAAUCGACGGAAUGGAGGUGGAGUACGUUGAGAUUUCGUCGCUGCCGAUGAUCAACCCUGAUCUCGAAGUCGACGGCAGAUAUCCGCCGGAGGUGGAGGAUUUCUGCCCACCAUUGAAGAAUGCAUUGGAUUGGGGAUCAAGGCCUCCAAAUGUAUGGGCUGGAAAAACUGCAGCAGCAUUAAGUGCUGUAGGAGGUGGGAGAAGAGCACAGUAUCAUCUCCGGCAAAUUGGAGUGUUUCUUGAUCUUCACUUCAUCAAUAAGCCUGAGUUCUACCUUAACGCCCACCGUCCUCCCGGAAAGUUCAACGAUGACGGCGACUUGGUUCAUUCCGAGACCAAGGACAAGCUCAAGGAAAUGCUUCUUUCCCUCCACACCUUCACAUUGAGAUUUCAUGGCAAGUGCUGAAAAUUUUUAUUAUUUUA